GUGUCUUCCUGUUCAGCCCAUCAUCUGUUAUCGCACAAGCAGCUUCCUGUCCAACCGCUCACUACAGGAAACUACAGGCGCACAGAAACUGGUUUCCAUCACUCACGACAUGAUUUCAUUUCAGGGCGAGCAAGCAGGACUGAAGAAUAAGAAUGAGAGAGAAAGAGGGGAGGUGGAGCAGCAGAGAGCUGAAGUAGAGAGAGAGUGAAAGGCGACUGAGCGUGUGUAGUCCAGUUGUGUGCAGACAGAGGAGAAGUCAGACCGAGCGGGAAUCGAACCAACGGCCUGCUGAGGACGAGGCUCUUAUUCGUGAUCAUCUGCAGAGAGACAGGUGUUACUCCAUGGCGACAGGUGUGUUUGCCUUACUGAGUGUAUGCGUCUGCUUGUGCAUUGGGUUUAACCUUGACACGACAUUCCCGCUGUUGAAGACGGGCAGAGAUGGGAGUCUGUUCGGACUGUCUGUUGCUCUGCAUCAAGACCUAAAGACAGAUGCUUACCUGUUAUUGAUCGGAGCACCAAGGGACAAGGCGGAGCCCAAUGUUCCAGCCAAUCGAACAGGUGGAGUGUACAGCUGCCCAAUCACUGCUGACCAAUCGGAAUGCAGCAGGAUGGAGCUCAUAGAUCCAGACCUGAACCUGUCUGAGAACCUGAUUGAAGACAUGUGGCUAGGCGUCUCAGUCGCCAGUCAGGGCCGACCUGGGGGGAGGGUACUGGCGUGUGGUCAUCGAUUCGUUAAAUUCUUCGGACCACUUUAUCUCAGGAGCAUGAUUGGCCGUUGUUAUCUCCGUGGAAACGACCUGCAAUAUGACGACACUGACUUCAACUGGCAGAAACCAGAUGAGCCCUGCAAUUUCCAGAGUAAGGUCAGUGGCGAGGCCAUGUGUAACAUGGGCAUUUCAGCCUCCAUCACUCAGACUGAAAUCAUCGUCGGCUCACCUGGAAGCUAUGAAUGGCAAGGAAAUGUCCACAUCUCCUGGAUGAACCCAAAUGACAUCAUUGAUACCAAGAAGACAUCCUUGUCCAACAUGGAGCUCAGACACAUUUAUAUGGGAUAUUCAGUGACUCAGUCCCGUCGUCUUCUCUCUGAGCAUGAAGAAACCGUAGUAACAGGAGCUCCCAAAGACUGUAAAGACGAUGCACGAGGUUCUGUGAUGAUCUUGACAAAACAGCCUCAAAAGCUGACAAUUAGCCAGACUCUGCGUGGUGAACAGACGGGCUCAUACUUCGGUAACGCUGUGGCAACCACCGACCUCAACAACGACGGCUGGAACGACCUGCUGGUGGGCGCGCCGUUCUACUUUGAUCGUCAGCAGGAGCUGGGUGGGGCAGUUUACGUCUACAUGAAUACAGGAGGAGGGUUUGAUGCUCAGCCCAGCGUGGUGCUGAGGGGACCGGCUGGAUCUGCAUUCGGUAUGGCUGUUUCUGCCGCUGGAGACCUGAAUCAAGAUGGCUUCCAGGACUUUGCAGUCGGAGCUCCCUUCCUUGAAACUGGAAGUGUGAUGAUUUGGACCGGGAACAGCGGCGGGGUGAUCCAGGGCAGCAGUGUCUCUCCUGGGUUCAGGACUUUCGGGUACUCUCUGGCUGCAGGUCAGGAUGUUGAUGGCAACAAAUAUCCAGACCUGCUGGUUGGUUCUCUGGAUGACACCGUUGCUCUGCUCAGAACCCGUCCAGUCAUCCACCUCAAUAAAACCCUCCGUGUUUCCCCGGACAUCGUAGACCUGAAGAGCUGCGACUUCUGUCUUCAGGUGGAGGUGUGUUUCUCCUACAUCUUCAGCACCAGAGAAAAAAGCGACAGAGACAAUAUCACCAUCCACUUCACUGUUGCCGCCGACAUCACCAGUAUCAAGUCCCGCCUCCAUUUCCAUGACAACAGGCAGAGUGUGUAUGCAGGUUAUUUGUCGAUGCCGAAAACACAGUGCAAAACCCUGAGGGCCGGACUGAUGAAUCCGAUCCAAAACAAAGUGGAACCUCUGGUAUUCUCCCUGAAUGUUUCUCUCUACGAGAAGCUGCCCAAGAAAAGAAACACCAUACAGGAUUUGAAACGCUUUCCUGUGCUGAGCCAGACACCCCGACCCAUCAGAACCCAGAUUCAUAUCCAGAAAGCCUGUGGUUCUGAUAACCGCUGCCAUAGUAACCUGCAGAUGACAGCCCAGUUCACAGAUGAGAACCAGAAACCCUUCACCAUGCAGAAGGGCACUCAGGUGUUGCACUACAACACCAGCAUUAACCGAAUGUUUCUGGAGGUUAAUGUCAGCAACACCCCAUCACAUGGCAAGACAGCAGAGGAUGCUCAUAACACCGUUUUGAAUGUUAGCAUCCCACCAUCACUCAUUUACUCUGGAGUUCGAACAAAAGUGUUGAAGGAGGGCAUCAGAGCAGCAGUGGAGUGCUCUGUUGAAGACUCUGUUCUUCUGUGUGAGAUGGGGAACCCGUUCAAAAGCAACCAGAAGGUUCAGGUGCUGAUCAUAUUUCAGUCUGAGAUCAGUUUGGACACCAGAGAGAUUCAGGCUCUGCUGCAGCUGUCCACGCUCAGUGAGCAAUCAGAUCUGUCUCCGGUCUCUGUCUCCAUGUUGGUGGAGUAUUUGUUGCAGACAUCCCUUGCUCUAAUUGAUCGACCAGGCUCUGCCUUCUUCAGUGGUCAUGUGACUGGUGAGUCAGCCAUGAAGAAGACAGAGGACAUUGGCAGCCUGCUGCUCUUCACCUUCCAGGUGCAGGUCAGCGGGAAGCCUCUGGGUUACCUGGGCAACCUGGUGGUGGAGCUUGAUUGGCCAAUGGAGGUGUCCAAUGAGAAGUGGCUGCUGUACCUCACAGAGAUUCAAGUGACUGGCACCUCAGAGCCUUGCUGUAAUCCACCCGGCAACAUUGUCAACCCUCUCAACCUUACGCUGUUAAAGGAAGAGGAGGAGAAGAGGGAGAGGAGGAGUCUGGAGGAAGAGGAAGCAGAGGAGGAGGGGAAGACUCAGAAAACUCUACCUGUCCUCCACCUGCAGGGACAGAAGAAGAAGUCCUACACUCUGGACUGUGUGGACGGAGCUAAAUGUGUGACGUUUGUCUGUCCGUUGACCAACAUGAACAACACUGCGACUUUGACUGUCAGAGCCAGGCUGUGGAACUCCACCAUGAUUGAGGACUACGGCAACGCGAACCAUGUGUUGGUUCGAGGCCGGGCGACUCUGAGGCUGCAGACUGACAAACCGACCAUCAUCAUGCAAUCUCACAGCACAGAGAUUGUGGUCUCCAUUUAUCCAGAGCUGGGGCAGCAGGUGAGCUCCGGCGCCCCCUUGUGGAUCAUCAAGGUGUCUGUCCUGGCUGGAGUCUUGCUGUUUGCUCUGAUCUGCCUGAUACUCUGGAAGUGUGGUUUCUUUGUGCAUCAGACGGCAUGGCACACUGUGGAGCUCCACCAGGGGAGGAUUAUGGGUAAAAACAAGCAGCAGUACACAGACUCAGAUGGUUUCCUGAUCCAGGAGCAUGUCUCCUCAUACAGAAACAGGAAGUCACCAAAACACUGGGUCACCUCUUGGACCGAGACUCGCUGAGAGACUAAUUAUAUCCACAGAAACACAUCCUGAGCUGGACCAGACCACACUAGACCACACUAGACCAGAUCAAGCUGCACCAAAACUAAACAAAACUCAGACCAAACUGUGCCAAACCAAACAGGAAAACACACUGCCAGACUGUAAGUGUGUGUCUGUCAUUAUGAGGAAACCUUGUAACCUGUUUACAUUCAAUUCUGUUUGUUGCAAAAUGGAGAUAUGAGGUUUUCAGCAGAUGGGAGGGUUCAUUCUGAUUCAAAUGUUUCCCUUUGUAUUUGGAACAUUUUGCUUUUUGUGUGUGAAUAUUUCCCAGCAUGCAGCUGGCCUCCAAGUAAGGUAUGAACAAAAUAAUAUUGAUUUUGUGGACAAAAUUAAACAGGAACAACUUGUCCCUUCCUGGCACAUUAAUCACAUCGUCCGUAUCCCAAUUGUAGAUACUAGAUGUGACACAGCACCCCCAAGCUUCCAGUGGUCACUUGUGGUACUGCAGACAAAAACAAAUUCACAGCUCGGGUUCCCCCUUGCUAUUAAAGAGAUGCUCCAACUGCAAACAAGUUCAGUUAUUACUCUGUGUUUUGGAUCAUUUUAAUUCAUUAAGGUUUUAUAUGUGUAAAAGUUUCUCAGCUUUUUAAAUCUGUUUUUUGGCUUAAGCACUCUACAAGAAAUGUUCAUCCAGGUGACUGGGCAUCAUUUUGGAGUCUUGUAUCCAGUUCAUGGUCUAGAUAAGGACAGUAACAGACUCCAAUUUGUUCACUGGAAAGGUUUACUUUAUCUUAUUCUUUAUUUGCCAAUGUCAGUAUUCAGUUGAGAUUGGUCAUUCAGCCCAUAAACUGGCUUCAUAUACACACAUUUUCCUUUUCUAGAUCAACUAUCUUAAGUUAAGAUAACUGUACCAGGAAAGAUAGAUUUAAUGUGUAAACACAGUAGCUGUUCAGAUAACAAGAAGUGAAUCCAUCUGAAGAUUGAUUGAUUAAUUGAUGGUCUGGUGCAUAAUCAGAUGAUGUGAACAGGACUCAUAGUUAAACAGCAGUAUGCUCCUAUAAGAAACAUGUAUUCCAGCAGGUCAUUGUCAACAGUGUUAUGCUUCAGUGUUGCUUUCAAGGGCUCCUCAUAAACUCCUUGCUCUCUGUUCAUAAAGUUGUAAGUAAAAACAUUUGUUGCUUUCAGGUGCUGCAGGAUCCUGCAACAAAAUUACUGUCGUUGGAUAUUCCACUAAACAAGUCUUUGUACCAUGUUCACUGUACUGCCUGAUUGUGGUUUUAUAUAAUUGUGAUAUUUGUAACAGCACAUGAAAGCAGCAUCAGGUUGUAUGAUAAACCUUGUGCCUGUUUCAGUUUGUGUGGAUGUGGCUUUUAAUCACCGUGGUGAACUGUUGUUAG